CUUUUUCUUAGUUUUUGUCUUACAAGUUACAAAUCCAAACCUCCGCUGGUUUUGUCUUUUUAUUGUCCAAAAAACUCACAUAUUUUGUGAACCAGUAACUCCUCUCUUACUGGUGAGGGAAAAUUUGGAUGCAUGUGAUCGAGAUGUGAUGAGGCUUUGACCAAUCACCCCUCCUACACGUUGCCUCCUUCCUUCUCCGCCACGACGACGACGGCGGCGCAUCUCUUGUUCAUUACCCUUUAAUAAUUAUGUACAAAAUUGGGUAGUAUUAUUACAAUUUCUAGGAAACUUGUUAGAGAGAGAGAGAGAGAGAGAGAGGAUAAGAAGAAGAAGACGACUAAAUAAAAAACGGAAAGCAACGGUCACCGUUGGCAUGGAUGAAUUUGUAAAAGGCAAAGGAAGUUUGCCCGCGACAAUUUAUGACAUGUUGAGGGAUGCCAAGUAAUAUUCUAUAAUCUCUCAAUAUCCCCAUCUGUUUUUCUAAGAAAAAUGAAAAACAGAUGUUGGAAAUGUAAAAGGGGCAAUGCGCGUCCAUAAUCAAAAGUCAAUCAUUCCAUCCAAGUCUUCGUUCAAAGCUUCGGCUAAUCACAGCUAUAUCCUAGGAGCAGAGAAACCAAAAAUAAACCAAAGAAAUGUCAUUUAUCUGAAUUUUCAAGACCCCCCCCCCCUUUUUUUUCUUCCAAGCUUCUUCAACCAUUUUCUUCUCAUAUUAUAUAUGGGAGAAUCAAAUGACAUCCUUUCUUCCUAUUAAUUUGAUUAUACUAUCUUGUAAAAUUCUCCCUCUGUUUCUGAGUACUUUCUCUUUCAAAGCCAACCCUUUGCAUAUAUAUGUCCUCUGCUUUCCUCUCUCUGUCUGAAGUCUAAAUUUUUUCAUUCGCAAAAAAGUUUCAUUUCUGGCUGCGAAAUCCUAUUUCUUUAUUCAUUCUCUGGGGUUUUGAGCUCCACACCUCAAACUUUAUCUGGGUUUGUGUUUUUGUUUUUGUAAACUGGUAUUCCUCUUAUUUUAUCAUUUUCGUUCUGGGGCCUCUGCUUUUGUUUUUCCUUUCGAAUAUUUUGGGGUUUGUUGCCAGUUGUUGCCCUUAAACAAGCUCUGUUUUUUUUUCUUCUUUUAUAUAUCCAGUUGAAUAUACAUACAGACUAGACUGUACAUUUACACAGUAUGUACAUAUAUUGUUAAAUGAGAAAUUAAGAUUCAGAGGAGAAGUGUUUGGGGGGAAAAGCUGCAUUAAUUUAGCAGCGAAGAAUUAAUUGUUGUUAGUUUUGAUAAAGAGAGAAAGAAAGAGAAUGGGUGGUGGUAGAAGGAGGAAGCUGGUGUUGAGCAAGAUCUAUGGAUUUGCAUGUGGUAAAGCAUCAUUCAAGGAAGACCAUUCGCAGAUUGGGGGGCCAGGAUUCUCCAGGGUAGUUUUUUGCAACGAACCAGAUUGCUCGGAAGCGGGAAUCCGCAAUUACUGUGAUAAUUAUGUCAGGACUGCUAAGUAUACAGUUGCUACGUUCUUGCCAAAGUCAUUGUUCGAGCAAUUCAGGAGGGUUGCUAACUUUUUCUUUUUGGUCACUGGUAUACUCUCUCUCACUCCUCUCGCACCUUAUUCCGCCAUUAGUGCUAUCGUCCCUCUAAUCAUCGUUAUUGGCGCAACUAUGGUCAAAGAAGGUGUCGAAGAUUGGCGCCGAAAUCAGCAGGAUAUUGAGGUGAACAACAGAAAGGUAAAAGUUCAUCAACGUGAUGGAAACUUUCAGUAUUCUGAAUGGAAGAAUCUUAGAGUGGGAGACAUUGUAAAGGUGCAAAAAGAUGAAUUUUUUCCAACAGACCUCAUCUUGCUUGCAUCCAGUUAUGAGGAUGCAGUCUGCUAUGUUGAGACCAUGAACCUUGAUGGGGAAACCAAUUUGAAAUUGAAACAAGCACUAGAGGUAACUUCAUCCUUACAGGAAGACUAUAACUUUCAGGACUUUAAGGCUACUAUUAAAUGUGAGGACCCAAAUGCAAAUUUGUACUCUUUUGUUGGAAGUAUGGAGUUUGAAGAGCAACAGUACCCCCUUUCUCCUCAACAACUUCUCCUACGAGACUCAAAACUCCGGAAUACAGAAUACAUAUAUGGGGCCGUUGUCUUCACUGGUCAUGACACCAAGGUCAUGCAAAAUUCUACAGACCCUCCUUCUAAAAGAAGCAAAAUUGAGAAGAAGAUGGAUCGUAUUAUCUACUUAAUGUUUUUUAUUGUAUUUAUAAUGGGAUUUGUUGGUUCCAUUUUCUUUGGAGUUGCAACUAGAAAGGACCUGGAAAAUGGAAGGAUCAAAGACAGAUGGUAUCUUAGACCUGAUAGUUCUGACAUUUUCUUUGAUCCUAAAAAAGCCCCAGCUGCAGCAAUAUAUCACUUCCUAACGGCUCUUCUUCUUUAUAGCUACUUCAUCCCCAUCUCCUUGUACGUGUCAAUAGAAAUUGUUAAAGUUCUUCAGAGCAUCUUCAUCAAUCAAGAUAUUCACAUGUAUUAUGAGGAGGCUGACAAACCAGCGCAUGCCCGUACUUCUAAUUUGAUUGAAGAGCUUGGCCAAGUUGAUACAAUGCUGUCUGAUAAGACAGGAACAUUAACGUGCAAUUCGAUGGAGUUCAUCAAGUGUUCUGUAGCUGGUACAGCUUAUGGCCGUGGUGUUACAGAGGUUGAGAGGGCUAUGGAUAGAAAGAAAGGUUCACCCUUGGCUCAUGAAAAACUAAACGGUCUGAAUCAUAAUCAUGGUUCUACUGAUAUAAAGCCAACCGUUAAAGGCUUUAACUUUAAGGAUGAAAGGAUCAUGAAUGGAAACUGGGUUAAUGAGCCUUGUGCAGAUGUCAUCCAGAAGUUUUUUCGUCUAUUAGCGAUCUGUCAUACUGCAAUACCUGAAGUGGAUGAAGAUACAGGGAAAGUUAUGUAUGAGGCUGAAUCACCUGAUGAAGCAGCAUUUGUGAUUGCAGCAAGAGAACUCGGCUUUGAAUUCUACAAAAGGACACAAACAAGCAUCUCCAUACUUGAGUUGGAUCCUGUGUCUGGAAAGAAAGUUGACAGGUUGUAUACACUUGUGAAUGUUCUAGAGUUUAACAGCUCCAGAAAACGGAUGUCUGUAAUUGUGAGAGAUGAGGAGGGAAAACUUCUACUACUUUGCAAAGGUGCUGACAGUGUAAUGUUUGAAAGGCUGGCCAAGAAUGGUCGUGACUUUGAAGAGGAUACUAGGGAGCACAUUAAUGAGUAUGCAGAUGCAGGCCUGAGGACACUACUACUGGCCUAUCGUGAACUUUCUGAAAAUGACUACAACGUGUUCAAUGAGAAAUUCACUGAGGCAAAAAACUCAGUUAGUGCAGAUAGUGAAACAUUAAUUGAUGAAGUUGCAGACAAAAUUGAGAGGGAGCUAAUUCUCUUAGGUGCUACAGCUGUUGAGGACAAACUUCAAAAUGGGGUUCCUGACUGCAUUGACAAGCUUGCUCAAGCAGGGAUUAAGCUAUGGGUGUUGACUGGAGACAAGAUGGAAACUGCCAUCAAUAUUGGCUAUGCUUGUAGUUUGCUUAGACAAGGAAUGAAGCAGAUUAUAAUCAAUUUAGACACUCCAGAAAUCCAGUCAUUGGAAAAAACUGGACAAAACAAUGCCAUCACCAAGGCUUCAAGGAAAAGCGUCCUUGAACAGAUAAUUCAAGGGAAGGCUCAGGUCACUGCAUCAAGUGCAAGCUCUGAGGCUUUUGCUUUGAUCAUUGAUGGGAAAUCACUUGCUUAUGCUCUAGAGGAUGAUAUAAAGAAUAUAUUUUUGGAGCUUGCCAUUGGUUGUGCAUCUGUAAUUUGCUGCCGCUCUUCACCAAAACAGAAGGCACUGGUUACAAGACUAGUUAAAUCAGGAACUGGGAAAACAACUUUAGCUAUCGGUGAUGGUGCUAAUGAUGUGGGAAUGCUUCAAGAAGCAGAUAUUGGAAUUGGAAUCAGUGGUGUGGAAGGAAUGCAGGCAGUGAUGUCAAGUGAUGUUGCAAUUGCUCAGUUUCGAUAUUUGGAACGCUUGCUACUUGUGCAUGGACAUUGGUGUUACAGGAGAAUUUCAUCAAUGAUAUGCUACUUUUUCUACAAGAAUAUUACAUUCGGUUUCACAAUCUUUUUAUACGAGGCAUACGCAUCGUUUUCAGCGCAACCUGCCUACAAUGAUUGGUAUUUGUCGCUGUAUAAUGUAUUCUUCUCAUCAAUUCCAGUAAUUGCUAUGGGAGUUUUUGACCAGGAUGUAUCUGCACGCUUCUGUCUCAAGUUUCCUCUGUUAUACCAAGAAGGGGUGCAGAAUGUUCUCUUCAGCUGGUGCCGCAUAGUCAGCUGGAUGUUUAAUGGGUUUUACAGCGCCAUAACCAUUUUCUUCUUGUGCUCAAAAGCAUUGGAGCACGAAGCAUUCAAUCAUGCAGGAAAAACUGCUGGUAGAGAAAUUUUAGGGGGAACAAUGUACACAUGCGUAGUCUGGGCUGUGAACCUGCAGAUGGCCCUUUCAAUUAGUUACUUCACCUUAAUACAACAUAUUGUCAUCUGGGGCUCAAUCGCAGUCUGGUAUCUGUUUCAGUUGGUAUAUGGUGCCUUGCCUCCCAGCUUUUCAACUAAUGCUUACCAAGUCUUCAUUGAAGCUCUUGCCCCAGCUCCUUCAUACUGGCUCAUCACACUUUUCGUUGUGAUCGCAACCCUGAUCCCAUACUUCUUAUACUCGGCAAUUCAGAUGCGCUUCUUUCCCAUGUAUCAUGGAAUGAUACAGUGGAUAAGGCAUGAGGGGCGGUCAAAUGAUCCGGACUACUGUGAGAUGGUGCGCCAAAGGUCCAUCCGCCCAACAACUGUGGGUUUCACGGCACGUAGAGCAGCAAGCAUGUGCCAAAGAUAAGAAUCACACGAACACAGGUGAUAUUAGCUGUAUGAUUCCUGUGGAUGGUGGAAAUAUGCCCAAACCUGAAAUUCUGCCUGCAGGACAUGAAUUAUACGAUAGGGGGUUUCACGGCAAGUAGGAUCAAUCACAGGCAGACAAUGUACAGAAGCAAAAUUCAGUAUUUUGCAUGUGGAUGGCAGAAACAUAGAGCAUCUGCAUCCCGGAUAUUGUAAAUUUUGAGUCUUUGCCGUGGGGGCAACUUACAAUUUUCCCCCACUUUUUGUACCAUAACUCUUGUAUUUUAGACAAAAUCGGAGGCAUGGCAUGAGUUAGAAGAGCGGUUAUAGUUUUAGAGUUAGAAAUAGUGCAGCUGUUUCAGGCUCAAUUUUCAUUCAUAUGUUUAAUAAAUCAAUUCUUUUUGGUAACUAAAUAAGUGUAAGGUUCUUUUUUCAAUGAAAAUUUGUCUCAAAUUCGAUUGUA